AUGGUGCUUUCGCAGAAGCUUCAUGGAGCAUUCAAAGGUGCAGUUGAAAGGAUCACUGGUCCUCGAACGGUCUCAGCUUUCAAGGAGAAGGGAGUUCUCAGCGUCAGCGAGUUCGUUCUCGCCGGUGAUAAUCUCGUCUCCAAGUGCCCUACCUGGUCCUGGGAAUCUGGUGAUCCAAGCAAAAGAAAGCCUUACUUGCCCUCAGACAAACAGUUUUUGAUUACUAGGAAUGUGCCUUGUCUACGAAGAGCUGCAUCUGUGGCAGAGGAUUAUGAAGCUGCUGGAGGUGAAGUUUUGGUUGAUGAUGAAGAUAAUGAUGGUUGGCUGGCUACUCAUGGAAGACCUAAAGAUAAAGGCAAUGAAGAUGAAAACUUGCCGUCCAUGGAUGCUUUAGAAAUAAAUGAGAGAAAUACUUCUCAACCGAUACCUAAGUAUUCUGGAGGCGAGGAGGAGGAAGAUAUUCCAGACAUGGCAGAGUUUGAUGAGGCUGACAAUGUCGUAGACAAUGAUCCUGCAACUCUUCAGUCAAAUUAUCUCACGGCUCAUGAACCUGAUGACGAUAAUAUACUUCGAACCAGAACAUAUGAUGUUAGCAUCACGUAUGACAAGUAUUACCAAACUCCGCGUGUUUGGUUGACUGGUUAUGAUGAGUCAAGGAUGUUACUGCAGCCUGAACUUGUAAUGGAGGAUGUUAGCCAAGACCAUGCUCGAAAAACGGUCACAAUAGAAGAUCAUCCACACUUGCCUGGAAAACACGCAUCAGUUCAUCCAUGUCGACAUGGAGCUGUUAUGAAGAAGAUCAUCGAUGUCUUAAUGUCGCGUGGAGUAGAACCCGAAGUUGACAAGUACCUCUUCCUGUUUUUGAAGUUUAUGGCAUCAGUUAUUCCGACAAUCGAGUACGAUUACACAAUGGACUUUGAUCUCGCUACCCAAUUUCUUUCCAGAGGCAUCCCGUUCGUAUUCAAUUCAUGGGUCGUGAGGCAUCUCACUGAAGAACACUAUGCGCUCUAUGCGGUCCAGUUCCAUCUUUUUGUUACUUGUGUAUUGUUUCUCAGUCGUGAGGGAUUUCGACGCGCUUGUUUGCGGGCUGACAUUAACAGCGAUGGUCGUGCAUCAAAGGAAGAUGUGACUAAGCUAUUGAAGGUGGCAUGGGUGACAUUUCCACUAGGAAUAGCUAUUACUGUUGCAGCAUGCAUCUUUGUGUUAUGGUGGCAGAACCUUAGUUACUAUGAGACAUAUGCGCAGGCUAUCUUGAUUCACGCAUUUGCAUGUGUACUGGAGCUAAUGGCUGAGCCUUUGUAUAUCCUCUCUCAGACAUUGAUGCGUCUAAAAUUGCGACUCGUUGUUGAAACUGUUGCUACAGUUUCACGCUGUGUAACUUUGUGCUAUCUCAUAGUCAUGCAAACCAACAUGGAAAAAGGGAUAAUCUUCGCAAUGUCACAAGUUGCAUAUGGAGGUUCCUUAUUUCUUGGGUACUGGGCAUAUUUUCUCCUUCGUGGUGAUUUCAGAAGUUCAGAUCUCUUUCCUUUCAGAGUUGGAAACUUCAUGGAUUUCGAUAAGCAGCUCUCGAGCAUGUGUAUGCUAUUUACUUUUCAGUCCUUCCGAAAGUUGAUCCUCCAAGAAGGUGAAAAGUUGGUCCUUGUAUGGUUAGAUACACCUUAUAACCAGGCUGUAUAUGGUAUCGUCGACAAACUAGGAAGCUUAGUAGUACGCAUGGUGUUUCUCCCUUUUGAAGAAAGUUCAUAUAGUACAUUUGCCAGGUUCGCAUCAGGUGAUAACGAGCAAAGGAUCAGGAGACUCGAAAUUUGCUUGACCGAGGCCUUGAAGCUUGUAAUGUUAAUAGGUCUUAUAUUUAUGGCUUUUGGCCCGAGUUAUUCAUACUCUCUCAUCAGAUUGCUGUAUGGUGAAAAAUGGAGCGAUGGAGAAGCUUCCUUAGCUCUACAGUUUUAUUGUCUCUACAUCAUCGUCCUGGCCAUGAACGGAACCUCCGAAGCAUUUUUACAUGCAGUUGGAACAGAGAAUGAUCUGAAGCGCUCAAAUGACUUGUUGCUUGUAUUUUCAUUGAUCUACAUCACAUUCAAUAUUCUGCUGAUAAGAUCUUUAGGAGCAAUAGGUUUAAUCCUGGCAAAUUCCUUGAAUAUGAUUCUAAGGAUCAUCUAUUCAGCGCGAUUCAUCCAACGUUACUUCAAGGGUACUUCUUCUUCAUUCUCGUUCCGAAGGUGUUUUCCUUCAGGUUGGCAAAUUCUUAUCGUUACGAGCAUAAUCACUCUCAUCUCAGAGAAAACGAUUCUCGACCAUAAGAAUUUCUGGGCAACAUUUCCUCUCCAUUUCGCCAUUGGUUUCCUCUGCUUUUGUCUUGCAGCCAUUGUCAUAUACCGGCGUGAGAGGCUGUUCAUUAUUAGAAUCAUACGGUUUAGGGAUCACAAUCACGAAGAGUGA